GGGUCCUAAAGAUGUCCUCAGAGAUGUGGACACCUAGAAACUUGAAGCUGGUAACACGCUCUACCUCAGUCCCGUUGAUGAUUGGACAUUGGUGUUGAGAAUCAGGUUGUUGUUGAUGCACCACAUUGUUGCUGAUGAGGCCAAUCGCAGUUGCGUAGUUUUCAAACUUGACAAUUCUGUUAGAGCCAUGUACAGGUAUGCAGUCGUAGGUGAAGAGGCAGAGCUAGGCUAAUUGGAAAAGGUCCAGUGAGGGUGGUAAGCAGGUGUCUCGAAGUGCGAUCAGUGAUGGGGGCAGUGCAGUAGGUCAGCCCUGGCAUGUCGAUUUUCCCGAGUUGCAGUGACAAACUCGGGCACCGAGGGUGCAUUGCACUUUCCCAAAUGGAGCGGAGACAGAGAAGAUAGAUCAACUAACACAUUUUCACCCAUUUAUUUCUAAGUGGCCUGAGUGUCAGCGGCCAUGGGUGACACAGAGUUGGAGCUGUCGCCAGCCCACCAGCAGGAGGCGCUGCAGAAGAGCCUGUCUACUUCCUCCCUGUCCCUGUCCACUUCCUCCUCGCUGUCGCUGCCCUCCUCGCCCUCCUCGGGCCCCUCGGCUCUCCCGGCCAGCCCCAGCAUCAGCACCAGCACCAGCGGUGAUGGAGGGCUGCCUCUCACAAGCAGCAGCAGCCCCUCGCUAGACGUCAUCACCGAGGGCGUGGGCGAGCUGUCCGUGGUCAUUGACCCCGAGGUGGCCAAGCUGGCCUGCCAGGAAGUGCUGCAGAAGGUGAAGCUCCAGAAGGGGGAGCUGGAGGUGGCAUUGCCUAAGGAGUUGAUUGAGGUGACAUUGGCAGUGACAAAGACGCCCACGUUAGCCAACGGGGUAGCCACCCAUGUCAGAGAUGAGCCGGUUGACCUUGUCCCGGUGAAGGUUGGUGGUUGCAGCGGUGAGGAGGAGGAGCUGGAGCAGGCGUCGGCAUCUCCGUCGUCGGGCUCUGGGAAGAGCACACGGAGGCGCCUGAAGCAGCCCAAUUCAUCCAAGCAGUCGUGGCUGCUGCGCUUGUUUGAGUCGAAGCUUUUCGAUGUCUCCAUGGCCAUCUCCUACCUGUACAACUCCAAGGAGCCCGGCGUGCAGGCCUACAUCGGCAACCGCCUGUUCAGCUUCGCCUACGAGGACGUGGACUUCUACCUACCGCAGCUGCUCAACAUGUACAUCAACAUGGAUGAGGACGUGGGUGACGCCAUCAAGCCGUACGUGGUGCACCGUUGCCGGCAGAGCAUCAGCUUCUCGCUGCAAUGCGCCUGGCUGCUGGGCGCCUACUCGUCCGAUAUGCACAUCUCUACGCAGCGGCACUCUCGCGGCACCAAGCUCCGCAAGCUCAUCCUGUCGGACGAGCUCAAGCCCGCCGGGUCCAGGCUGCGGCCGCCGGUCCCCUACCCGCCACCGAUGGCGACCGUCCUGCACCACGAGCACAGCCUGUCUCCCUCUAAGCGCACGCACCAGCGCUCCAAGUCGGACGCCACAGUCAGCAUCAGCCUCAGCAGCAACCUCAAGCGCACGGCCAGCAAUCCCAAGGUGGAGGCCAACCAGGAUGAGCAUCCUUCACUUUCCCAGGAUCUGGCUUCCAGCUGUGACAGUCUUGAGUUAGAGACUGGUACACCUGUGCGUCUCACGCCACAGAGGGAGUUCAUCAAGUCCCUGAUGGGCAUCGGCAAGCGUCUGGCCACGCUGCCCACCAAGGAGCAAAAGACCCAGCGGCUCAUCUCGGAGCUGUCGCUGCUCAACCACAAGCUGCCCGCCCGCGUCUGGCUGCCCACGGCGGCCUUUGACCACCAUGUGGUCCGUGUGCCCCACACGCAGGCUGUGGUGCUCAACUCCAAAGACAAGGCUCCCUACUUAAUCUAUGUGGAGGUUCUAGAGUGUGAGAACUUUGAAACCUCCAAUGUCCCGGUGCGGAUUCCAGAGACACGAAUUCGCAGCACACGCUCAGUGGAGAACCUUCCGGAUUGCGGCAUCACAGCUGAACAGCGAGCAACCAGCUUCUACCCUGUGCCCAACUACGACAACGAUGACGAGGCCUGGUCUGUGGAUGACAUAGGAGAGCUCCAGGUGGAGCUGCCAGAAAUCCACACAAACAGUUGUGACAACAUCUCCCAGUUCUCUGUGGACAGCAUCACCAGCCAGGAGAGCAAGGAGCCCAUCUUCAUCGCCGCAGGGGACAUUAGACGGCGCCUCUCGGAGCAAUUGGCUCACACGCCCACAACGUUCAGAAGGGACCCAGAGGAUCCCUCAGCAGUCGCCCUCAAAGAGCCCUGGCAGGAGAAAGUCCGGCGGAUAAGAGAGGGAUCCCCCUAUGGGCACUUCCCCAACUGGCGCCUGCUGUCAGUCAUUGUGAAGUGUGGAGAUGACUUGAGGCAGGAGCUCUUGGCCUACCAAGUGUUGAAACAACUACAGUGCAUCUGGGAGCAGGAGCGGGUGCCUCUGUGGAUCAAACCCUAUAAGAUCCUGGUCAUCUCCUCGGACAGUGGCAUGAUCGAGCCAGUGGUGAACGCCGUGUCCAUCCACCAGGUGAAGAAGCAGAGUCAGCUCUCGCUGCUUGACUACUUCCUGCAGGAGCACGGCAACUACACCACCGAGGCCUUCCUCACCGCCCAGCGCAACUUUGUGCAGAGCUGCGCCGGCUACUGCCUCAUCUGCUACCUGCUGCAGGUCAAGGACAGGCACAAUGGAAACAUUUUGUUGGACUCAGAAGGGCACAUCAUCCACAUCGAUUUCGGCUUCAUUCUCUCCAGUUCCCCAAGGAACCUGGGCUUUGAGACGUCAGCCUUCAAAUUAACCAGCGAGUUUGUUGACGUCAUGGGUGGUUUGGAUGGGGAUAUGUUCAACUACUACAAGAUGCUCAUGCUGCAGGGCCUCAUAGCUGCACGGAAGCACAUGGAGAAGGUGGUCCAAAUAGUGGAGAUUAUGCAGCAAGGCUCCCAGCUGCCCUGCUUCCAUGGGUCCAGCACCAUCCGUUACUUGAAGGAGCGUUUCCACAUGAGCUUGACGGAGGAGCAGCUGCAGGUGCUGGUGGAGCAGAUGGUGGACGGCUCCAUGCGCUCCAUCACCACCAAGCUCUACGACGGCUUCCAGUACCUCACCAACGGCAUCAUGUGACCUGGACUGACCACCGGGGUGGCGCGACAACCCUCUUGGGCCAACAGCUCCUCCUGGAAUGGAUGCGGACCAGAGCAUGGGACUUUUUUUUUUUUUAUUUUAUUUUUUUUAUUUUAUUUUAAACUUUACAGAAGAAAGGCGGCGCCACUUGCAAUGCAAAAGACCACUCCUUCCUCCUUUUCCUCUUCCCUAUACUGCCCCUUCCCUCUUGACCAUCCUCUCCAGGCAACACCCUCAUCAUACACACACGCGCGCGCACACACACACACACACGCGCGCACACACAUCUUUUCAACACCCUCAUCCUACACAUAUGCACACACACAUCUUUUCUCUGUUGUGUUUGUCAGCCCUUGAGAGCCAACCCUAGCAACAAGACUGAUAUCUUAUCUCAUGGAUUUUAUACCCUGACUGUAGAGGUCUCUCAGCUGUGAAGUUCUUUCUUUUUUGAAUUCUCCUUUUUACGUUUGUUAUGUUGUCUCCCUUCGUCUCCUUGCUCCACCUCCUGGCUGUUGUUAUUUUUGUUGUGUAUUUAUUAGUCUUCUUCUCCUCUUGAGACCCCUGUGUAAUAAGUUUGUAAUGGUUUUUGUCCAGCUUCCCAGUGCCUCUCUGGAAUUCCACAGAGGCUCUUCAGCACACAAGCUUUCCUUCUCCAGCAUCCAGUCAGCGACGCCUCACUUUCACCAUGUCUGUGGGAGUACAACCCCCCCCCCAAAUCAUUGUGUGUGAAACACCCAAUCACUUUCCAAUACACAAAUCAAGCGCCAGAACUGGUUUUCCAACCCGAGUAGGCAAUAGCAGUAGAGAGCGGAAACCUGUUUGAUGUAGCCAGUACAGUCAUUCGGUUCAGUCUUCUCAGUGGGUUUAGUCCACCUGUUAGACUUGUAAAAAGCCUGUUCAUGAAUAGGAGCCUCUCCCAUUGAAGGAGACUGACCCUUCAGUUUUGAUAUGUGCUUUCUGGUUUCAGGUGUGAUUAUUGGUUGUCCUGUUUCUUUUCUCAUUUUUUCACCAUUUCAUCUAACCUGUAUCAGACCAACUGAUCCACGGUAUGUGCCGAUCCAAAGACAUCUUAAUGAUUAACAUUAGAUUAAUUUGCAUUGGUAACAUUUGUAGUAUGUAGGGUAUAACACAUAGUUGAUCAGGAUGUGUGGUUGAGUUCUGAUUCAUCUGAGGGGGAAUAACUGGACUGUAUGUUACAAGAAAUAACUGUAAGCACUAUGUUGGUGUGAACACUCAUCAGAGCAAUGAUACAAUUCUCUCAUCACCAUAUUACUCCUAGGACUGUGUUCUGGGUGCAGAUUAUGUAAGGUGUCCCUUUAUAUUUCAAGCUGCUAAUAUUCAGAAGUCAAAACGCAUCCAGUGCACAGCUCUUCUAGCUGAUAUCCAGUGAACAAAAACAAAGUUCAGGGUAGUGUGCAGCUUUAGCCUUCCCAGAUUUUUCCUUUUUGAACUCAAUUUUGAACUCGGGUCAGCAUGCAAUCCCAGCUGUUUGUCCUCAUUUGAAAGUCGCUGGCAAGUUUUCUCCUUGUCAGACUUUUGACUCAUGAAAUCAUCAGGUGGAAGAAAAGGAGAAGCUGAAGCCGUCAUCUUUUUCCAUGUCGUAGUCUCUGAGCCACUAAACCUAUAUAGCAUUAGCUGUGCUGGAGUAGAGUGUAACUUAAACACUGAUACUCUUGUGAUCGAGUGCCUCUGAAGAUUUUGAGAGAAACAUAUAGGGCUUCAAUCCAUGACGUGGGACAAGACGAUACCAGACAUUUCAAUGAGCUUGUGGGGUAGCUGAAUGUCAGAGGUGUAAUAAUAAAGGUUUUGGAGCUUUUCGAAGACACUUUACUUUUUCACAAGAGGGAGCUGAAAUGUUUGUGGACUAUGGCAUCAAGAAAGACUGAUGUGAUGUUCCCUGAAACCAAUGAGUAUUUCCCUGUAUUUAAAAAAAAAUGCCAUCUGCAUUUCACCCAAAGGUCUCAUGUUUCAAAAAAGAAACCUGUUAACAAAAGCCUGUUUCUGAUUUGUAAGUCUCAAAAUGUGUGUACGCAUAAGAACAAGUCAAUCAGAAUGUAUUAGUUUGUUGUCAACCUCCCCAAUCCCUUUGCAAUCCCAUUUAGUAACUAUUCUUUUCAUUUUUCUACAACAUGUUUCUUUUGUCAGAUCUGUUUCUUUGUAACCUGUUUUAAUGGACCAGCUCUUAUGAUCAUGUGAAUGACCUCCCUUAACUUGUGAAUGUCUCUUUGUAUAAUAAAUUAAAUGUACUUGUUUGUCUA